CAAAAAUUGUACAAGCGAAUACCACAGUUGCUGUUUCGAACAUGAGCGUCGAUUCGGAAGAAUCCUUGAGAAGAUCUGUCUCCGAAACUCCAAGGUGUUCAAAGAAAAAAAACAAGGUAAUUUAUUGUUAGAGAUUGGAUUAAUUUCUACUUUAUCGAGGUACACUCUCGAGAUAAUAGUUCGAUUCUAUCGACUGGGUAUGAGGUGUCAUGGCGUACGGCCUCUUCAAUUGUUAACCACGUUAUAUUUUUACACCCAAUAAAUAGUUGUUACAACGAUCAACUAUUGUGUUCUACUGCUUAAACUUUAACAUUUAUCGAUUUUUUUCAUUCAUUAACCGAAAUAUUUCAGUAGGUGAAUAGCUGUAAUAUUAUUUCUAAAGGAAUGCAUGGACAUUGAGUAUAUGGAUAAACAAUUCAAAGGACUAAGAGCACAAAUCGAGUCUACGAAACGCAGCAUUCUCUAUGACAUUGAACAUAAACUUAAAGCUCUUAGUCUUAAUAUCACAGCUUUAAAGACUGAAAAUAUACAAUAUGAUUAUAAGAAAAUUCAAGAAACACUUGGUACUACUUUCCCACUAACUACACUGGAGGGCGUUCUGGCUUUUGAAGCGGAACUUCAUCUUAUUGAAGACAGGAAGAAGGCAUUGCUUAUGGAAUAUUUGAGUGUAAACCAUACUACCACCAAAGAAUAUAUUAUUAAAGUUCUUCCCUCUGUAAUUGACAAGAACGUGCAAUCACAUUAUUCGGGCCAAGGGAUGAAGAAGGCUUCUGCAGUCAAGCGUCGUUUUAAGGAUACAGCCCCAUAUGCUUGCUUUGAAGCUGCAAUGAUAAACCGAUGGGGGACAUAUCCCAAAUUAAUUUUGCACGUAGGAGUUUGGCUAGCUAAAUGGCAAUAUCGUGAAAGAGGACGAAAACAACGUGUCAAAGUUGGAGAAAUACAACUUUUAUCAACAAUCAACAACAAUAACAAUCCGUAACUAACAACAACAAAACAAGAACAAAUAAAUCUCAAUAUUGAUAUGGAGAUUCUUAAUUUCAGAGUUGGUAAUAUCUUCUCAAAAAAAUUACA